GCCGGCCCGUCGCCGGCCGCUCUCCAUGUAGCCGAGCGCCCCAGCGCCCUGCGCCCCCCGCCUAACAUGUCUUCCAAUGGUCAAGCCGCCAUGAUAUAGCCUAACCUUAGUGUUAAGAAACCAAGUCUUCCAUUAGUAAUAAGUAGGUUAAGUACAAUGCAAAGGAGUAGGGCGUCGCGUCGCGAAAACAACAGAUUGGUAUUUGAGCGUUUGUGGCGUGGCACAUUCCAAGCCGUACUCGCGGGGCCGCAGCGGCGGGCGCGCGCCUCUUCGCACGACCCUAACCAAGAAUCGGUCGCCCCAGCCAUCAUGCCGCAGCCGAGCGAGCCGCAAAUCGCGGACGGCCUGGAGCCCGCUCUGCGAACCAUUCUCGCUGAAAUAAGGAACGCGUGCUGCUGCCGGUGUAAUUGUUCGUCGAACGAUCGAAACUUAAACGACAAUUUGCAGGUCUGUCUCUCCGACGAACGGGAGAGGAAGUCCAUGAGAUCCGUCAUAAGUGUUCGCGAGACGCACGCGGUGGCGGAAGCGCAAGCGGAGAAGAACGCGCGGCUGCGCGACGCGUUUGGCAUCUCGCCACGAUUUGUGGAAGGGUCUAGCCUGGACCCAGAAAGGCGCGCACGCGACCACGCCCAGCGCUAUCCUCUCGUGCGCACACCGGAGCACGAACGGGACGACCGCAGCCGCGACCGCGACCACGCCGUCAAAAAGAAGAAGAAACGAAGUGUUUCGCCAGACGCGAAGAAGCUGAAGAAGAAGAAAUCAAAGAAGAAUAAAAAGGAAAAGCACGAAUCUAGCAAGAAAAAGAAGAAACGCUCCAAGUCUCCGGACAGCGACAGUUCCAGUGAUUCUGAGGGGCAGGACAGCGACUCCGGCAGCUCCGACGACGACCGACACAAAAAGAAGAAAAAGAAAAAAUCGAGUGCCAGACGACGCGGCAGCAGCGAACCUUCGAGUCGCGAGAGUUCCCCAGUUAAAUACAAUAAAGAAAGAACUAGAGAGCGCAAUAGUGAGACCAGAGACGAUACUCAGUACAAAAAAAAGGAUCGUGAUGAUAAAAACAAAAAAUACGAUAGAAGGGAGGAUGUUGUCAAAAACUCACGUCACAAUGAUCAUUCCCGAAAGAGGGAGGAUCGCAGCACUUCCCGUGAUCGAGAUUCUUCACCAGAAUACAGGAGAAAAUCGCAAAUCACUAAAAUAGAUAACAAAAGAGAACCAUCAAGAGAUGAUUCCGAAAGGCCAAGAGGUUCCAAGCGUUCAAAACGCGACCAACGCUCAUCACCUGAAUCCGAAGUGGAACCACCAACCAAAAAAGAUAAACGAGACAAAAACUACCGUAAAUCCAGUCCAUCCCCGCAACCAGAAAAGAGACGACGAAAGAGCCCGUCUCCAGAAUAUAGAAAAAGAGAGGAGACCUACUACAACAGAAAAGAAUCUCCCAGAGACACCAGUAGGAAUCGCAGAGAAAAUUCCCGCGAUGACAGACGAGCACAGAGAAGUGAAUCUCCAGACGAUAGAAAAAAACGACAAGAGGAGUCUGGCAGUAGGCGAGAGAAAGAUGACAGGCAUGAUAAAAAAACAAAAAACAACCACGAGAGAUAUGAGGACGAAGCUCCAAAGCGAAGGGAGCGAGAAAAUAAUGAAGAAGUAAAACUACACAAAAACAGGAGCGUGUCAAGGGCUAAACGCGACGCCUCCUCCGAAUACCGAGAGAGGUCUCCCAAUAAAAAAACGAUUAACACUAAAGAAAUACGCAAAGAGCCUACCAAGAACUAUAGAAAUUCAAGGAAAUAUUCUUCAUCCGAAUCUGAAUCGGAACCACCACCAAAAAAGGCAACGGAAAAAGAACCCAAAGGUAAAAAUCGUUAUUACAAAGAGCGCAGCGCUUCGCCAGCUAAAAGAGAUCAACGAAGACGAAGCCCAUCGUCAGAAUACAGACGUGAAGAUUCACCUCCGACGAAAAGCAAAUCUGAUAAAUACAAAUCUAAUUCAAAAGCUGUAGACCGUGAGGACAGUCGGUCCAAGAGGAAAUCUCCUACGCCAGAAGAACGACGGCGGCGAAGACAGACUUCUAGCAAAUCCAAAUCUAGGAGUCCUGCAAGGAAAACACCUAAAAAGGAAAAACGAAAGAGUCCUACACCGAAAAACAAAAAAGAUAAGCGGUCAUCGUCACCCAAGGACCGUGAUAGGUUAGAAUCGAGGCGCAAUCAUGACCGACGGGAAUCUCGUCGAUCCAGGUCAAGAUCGAACCGGAGCAGAAGCACAUCUAGUCUUAGCUACUCUCCCGCGCAACGUAGCCCGGAGCGGUACCGCGACAUCAUCGAAAAAUUACCAGAAAAAGAUAAGCGUAAAUACAUCAAGUCGCCUUCUGACCUGCAACCAAAAAAGAAGAAGAAAGAGAAGGUGGAAAAUUACAAACCUAAAGCUGCAUGCAUGCGUAGCUCGUCCAGCGAAAACGACGAUUCUGAAGAUGACUUCUUGACAUUAGACGAGAGAGCUCGGCAGGACGAAUUGGAUAUUAGAGAGUUGAACAGACUUAAGGAGAAGUUGGCUUUGAUGGCGAAGGCAUCUAUGGAGAGGAAACGGACUGAGGACACGAACGGACCUUCAACUUCGCAAGCGGGCCGAUCGGACGCGGGGCGUUCGGACGCUAAAGACGAUGAUAAGAAAAAACGGAGCGACAGUCCAAUAGUAAUCGACGAGAAAUCCAAAUCGCCUGUGAAAGAGAAGAAAAGUCCGGUCAAAGAGGAAAGUCCGAAGAAAAGUCCAGUGCGUAUUGAGAGCUCGCCUGAAGUAAAGAAGCGUGAUCGCAGCGGUUCGCGACGCAGUUGGUCGCGGUCAUCGUCGCGGCGUUCGCGAUCGCGGUCGCGCACCAAGUCGCGAUCGCGGGGCAAGUCCUCCCGGUCACGAACGCGGUCGCGGUCGCGCUCGCGGUCGUCGCGGUCGAGGUCGCGCUCGUAUUCUUCAUCUAGGCGUUCCCGUUCGAGUCGUUCCAGCUCAUACAGCAGCAGAAGUUCAUCGCGCUCCUCACGCAGUUCAUCGCGGUCCACACGUUCUACGAGAACAAUCACUGGUGUGUACGCGGAUUACCGUAGAUCGAGCGAUCGGACGCGUUCGCCGUCCAUCCCGCGCCGCGCGGGAUCGCCCAGUUUCUUGGAUAGGAGGCGCAUCACAAGCGCGCGCAAGCGUCCGAUCCCGUACCGCCGUUCCACGCCUUCGUCGCCUUCUAGCAACAGCUACAGUAGCUGCAGCCGCUCUCGCAGUUGGUCGAGAGUUCGAGACGAGUAAUCCAUAAAUAAAAACAAAACUGAAGAACUGUCAGUGUACGUGUCGUAUACUUUAGGGUGCACUCACACCGACGCGGCGACGUCAUAUACGGCACGAUGGACCUACCACAAAGUUUAAUGUAAAUUACCAUAACAAUCUUUCAUUGUGGGGAUAAGAAUAACAACAGAUAAUUUGGUAUACCGCUUAAUAACCUCGGUUUGGGAGGAACAUGGACUGCGAGCUUAUAAUGUAAAUAUAUGCUCAUCUACGCAAGCACGUAUACGUAGGUAUAUGAAAGUACAUUUGUACUAAACUAUAACAAUUCCUCAUUCUUCAAACAUCUCUGCCGUAGUCGCCUCUUGGUCCUGGCAAUUCUUGUAGGAACGAUCUAAUAAUAAAACUAUGCUUAAAUAAGCCUGUAGCUUAGAAUGAUAACGCAUAGAAACCUAGUCCGCACACGCUAAGUGAGGCAAAUUGAAGCGCGCCCAAUGGGCCUACACGAGCGGGCGGGCCUUCAGUGCUCAAGGUCAACUUGCACCGCGAACAGAUCAAGAAU